UGCCGAAACCUAUCGUAUUCUCUAGCUUAUUGGCCGAUCGUUUUUUUAAUCUUGUCAAAGAUUGGGACAAAUGUUCGUUUUCGUCCUUUGAACGUCCGGUUACUCUGGACCACAGCUCUCGUCACUGGAGCUCAGUCGCACAUUUAGAUAACCAUGCCUUCAAUUCCCUCUUCCAAAGAAAGCACCCUGCCGACUCCCGUUGGCCCUGGGUGUCCUCAUGCUGCCAAGCUGCGAGCACGCACCAAUGGUGAUGUUAAGGGUGUCAAAGUCCUGGACGGCCCCUUCUCUCUGUCCUCCAUGGCUGAGGUAGGGGACGGGGAACUGCCCGUCCAGCUGAACUUGGGAAAGGCAGCUGGCGAGAGGAAGUGGAUCCGCCCUGACCUUCCCAGCAAGUGCACCUGGAGGCUGGGGGUGUCGCACGCCGAUUCCCCCCAUACCCACCCACCAAAGAUUGACCGCCCCAGUAUCCUCCCAGACAUACUGCGCAGGAUCGGAGACACCCCCCUGGUGCGCAUCAACAAGAUCCCCAAAACCUUUGGCCUCAAAUGUGAAAUCCUGGCCAAGUGUGAGUACUUCAACGCGGGCGGCAGUGUGAAGGACAGGAUCAGUCUCCGCAUGGUGGAGGAUGCGGAGAGGGCGGGCCUCCUUAAACCUGGAGACACCAUCAUAGAGCCCACCUCUGGGAACACAGGGAUCGGCCUGGCCCUGGCCUCUGCUGUGAAAGGCUACCGCUGCAUCAUCGUCAUGCCUGAGAAGAUGAGCAUGGAGAAGGUGGAUGUUCUGAGAGCCCUCGGGGCCGAGAUCGUCCGGACGCCCACGAGCGCCCGCUUUGACUCGCCCGAGUCGCACGUGGGCGUGGCUUGGCGUCUGAAAAACGAGAUCCCCAACUCGCACAUCCUGGACCAGUACCGCAAUCCCAGCAACCCCCUGGCCCACUACGACACCACCGCUGAGGAGAUCCUGGAGCAGUGUGAUGGCAAGGUGGACAUGUUGGUGGCAGGUGCUGGCACAGGGGGCACCAUCACUGGCAUCGCCCGCAAACUGAAGGAGCGAUGCCCCAACAUUAAGAUUGUAGGUGUGGACCCUGAGGGCUCCAUUCUGGCCGAACCAGACAAGCUCAACAAGACCGAUAAGACCCAUUACGAGGUGGAGGGCAUUGGAUACGACUUCAUCCCCACCGUGCUGGACAGAUCUGUGGUGGACAGCUGGUACAAGUCCAACGACGAGGACUCUUUCAACAUGUCCCGCAUGCUCAUCAGAGACGAGGGGCUGCUGUGUGGGGGCAGCUCGGGCACAGCCAUGGCCGCGGCGGUCAGGAUGGCCAGGGAGCUGAAGGAGGGCCAGCGCUGCGUGGUCAUCCUGCCCGACUCCAUCCGCAACUACAUGUCCAAGUUCCUGAGUGACAAGUGGAUGUUCCAGAAGGGCUUCCUGAAGGAGGAGCACAUCAUGGUGUCCAAACCCUGGUGGUGGAACCUGAAACUGCAGGGUCUGAACCUGUCGGCCCCCCUGACCGUCCUUCCCACGGUCACCUGUCAGAAGACCAUCAAGAUCCUGAAGGAGAAGGCGUUCGACCAGGCCCCUGUGGUGGACGAGGCUGGUUUGAUCCUGGGCAUGGUGACCCUUGGGAACAUGCUGGCCUCUGUCCUGGCUGGGAAGGUCAAGCCCUCCGACCCUGUCAGCAAGGUGCUCUACAAGCAGUUCAAACAGAUUCGUCUGAAUGACAACCUGGGGAAGUUGUCCAGGAUCCUGGAGACUGACCACUUUGCCCUGGUGGUGCACGAACAGAUCCAGUACCUAACGGACGGCUCCCCCAGUCUGAAGCAGAUGGUGUUCGGCGUGGUUACCGCCAUCGACCUGCUCAACUUCAUCACAGCCCGGGAGAAGAGGGAGAGGUCCAUGUCGGAGUGCUCCAAAGAGCUGUGAGGUGGCGCGCGUGCUGCCUGAACGCUGCACAGGACACACGCAGACACUCGCAGACACACAGGUAGUAGUGCUGUUAUUGGCAGUGCCAAACAGAGGGUAACACCGAUGUGUCAUUAUCCUUCAUUUGCUUUCCUGUCUUAGUUGUCCUUUCUCUGAGUUAAUCUUUGAUUCCUAUAACAAUGAUGUUAUUGUUAUGUAGGGAUUAUAAGAAUACAGCUUUAUACAGAGAAGGCUUAUCCAAUAGGAAUCUUAGCUUUGGUUAUUAAAAAAGCUUGACUGUAGUUUACACAAUAGAGUAUGUUAUGCUGCUUUUAACUGUGAAUUGGAUUAAUUUAGCCAUUUUCUAUCUGUAUUCUCUUAUUUACAUGAGAUUUGCAUCAUAUUCACCAUAUAGCCAUGUGGUAUAAGUUACAUUACACCUAAUGAGUUUGAAGAACAAACCUCGAAAACUUCUAUCUUGUUAACAUUAACUGACUUCAACAUGAACAUCUAUAGAUCUUUUCGGAUGAAGUUAUCGUAUUGUGAUCUGUAGGACUAAAUGGUGCAAGGGUAUUGAGAUCAUGUAGGUUGUCCUGUAUUGAAUGCUGAAUGUAUCGCACAGAAAAGUCUUAUAAUUCACUGUCAAUAAAUGUUGAUUAUUAUGGGAUCAUUAAAUUAUUUUUACGUUUUA